CCAAAGAGGAAGUUGGCUGUAAAGGAGGAACUAUUGAUGGUACUUAUUCGUUUGAGAAGAGGGUUUGAUAUAGAUGUAGUUAGUGAUCUAAUGGGAAUUCACUCAUCAAAUGUUAGCAGAAUUUUUACAACUUGGAUAAACUUUUUAUAUUUGGAAUUACAGUUUUUGAUAUCAUGGCCUUCAAAGGAGCAAGUAAGGAAAAACCUACCGCAACAAUUUAAACAUUUUCCUAAAACUGUAUCCAUAAUAGACUGUACAGAAUUUUUUGUCCAGAAACCCAGUAUUCCAUCAUCUCAACGCAUAACAUGGUCGCAAUAUAAGCACAAUAAUACCUUGAAAGCUUUAUUUGCCAUUACGCCCACAGGAUCCUUCUGUUUUAUUUCAAAAUUAUUUACUGGUAGUAUAUCAGAUAAACGUAUUGUGGAAGAAAGUGGGUUUUUGGACAACUUAAAACAUGGCGAUGACAUCAUGGCAGACAGAAGAUUUUUAAUCAUAGAUUUACUUGCAAGACGAUCUGCAACCUUGAACAUUCCCCCCUUUUCUAUGGGAAAGCAACUCUCCACCAAGGCAGUUACAAAGACACGGCGUAUUGCUAGUGUAAGGAUUCACGUGGAGAGAGCUAUUGGGCGAUUGAAAACCUUUAAACUUCCUCAAGGAAUUAUGCCACUAAAACUACACCCUCUGUUUGAUCAAAUGAUUUUUGUUUGUGCUUCACUCUGCAAUAUGGACUUUAGACUUGUAAAGUAA